UGCAGGUCCACCAUCCUUGCCAAGUAUUGCAAGCGCUCCAGGCUGUCCUUUCCUUGCCUAUACUAGGCUUUCAUUCCUUUCUUUUUAUAUUUGUCCCUCAUCUAGGCGGUUCUCUUUUUAUGUAUUCUCCUCGUUGCCGAUGCUUCCAUGUGCUGGUCCUCGUCCUUGUCGUUUCUUGGCUUGAUCUAGCUGUCGCUUUGAGCGGACCACCUAGGGCAUUGAGAUCCUUGGUCCAUCCGACGACUUGGUCCCUUGACAUAUUACCCCGACAACACCAUCGAUAUGUCACUAAGCGCUCACCACCAGACGCGCACUCCACUACCCUGCGUCAUGACGACGCCUUUCGCCUCAUCAUUGCCGCCUUUGACGAUCAUUUCUACCUCCAUCUCCGUCCUAAUGACCACCUUGUUCACCCAGCUGCUCGUGUUACUUACCAUUCUGCCGAUGGCAUGACUCAUACAGAACCUCUUCUGCGUGAGAGCGUCAAGGCUUUCUGGGGCGAGGUCAUCGACCCACAGUUUUCCGACGUUCGGCUCAGAGAAGAUGCUGCAGGAGUUGCUUAUUCCGCAUUCCCUGAGGCUGCACUUGGCUGGGCUCGUAUCAUGGUACAUGAUCCAGGCGACGGUGAACGCCCCCCGAUCUUUGAGGGUGCCUUUGCAGUCGAUGGGGUCGUGCACCACGUUAUGACAAAGGACCACUAUAUGCGCACAAAAUACCCUCUCGAUCCGGAUAUCGUGCAUUCAAUAAAUGACAUGGUCAUUUGGAGGGAUUCAGACGUCAUGACGCCUGAAGAGGAGCAACUUGCCAGGACUGGAUCCUACUCCGAGUCUGAGCCGCCCAGCACCCCGCGCACUUGCGCACAUGACAAGAUGUCUUACAAUACUCCAGAACAGAAUCCUAUAUUCCAACAUGAGCCCCCCACGACGCCAUGGUACGGACUGGGACUAUUUGGGAACACAUCGUUGGCGCGGAGGGAUGAUGUUGCUGGUGGUAAUGUGACUACAAAUUUUGCUAAUGUCAUCGGUGAUAAUGCUGGGUGCCCCAAGUCUCAGCAAGUUCUUUACAUGGGUGUCGCUGCCGACUGCCAAUAUGUCCAGCAAUUCGGGGACAAAGAUAACGCUACGAAGCAGAUUCUCAACGACUGGAAUAUGGCUAGCAGUCUCUACAAAUCUACCUUCAACGUUAGCCUGGGUAUUGUCGAACUUCAAGUACAGGACUCCAGCUGUCCAUCUGUCACCAAUUCCAGCGUGCCUUGGAACGUAAAUUGCACCGACAGCGUCACCUUGAAUGACCGUCUGUCGCUUUUCUCACAGUGGAGAGGUAACAAAGGCAACGAUAGUGCCGGUUUGUGGCACCUCAUGAGUGGCUGCCCCACUGGUUCGGAGGUGGGAAUUGCUUGGCUCGCCACCUUAUGCCAACAGACUGCAUCUGGAAAUACUGGCUCAGUCGUAUCUGGAACUGCCGUAUCGACCAGCGGGCGGACAGAGUGGCAGAUCGUUGCUCAUGAAAUUGGACACAACUUUGGCGCAAUCCACGAUUGCACAGAUGGCUGUUUGGAGACUGAUUCAUGCUGUCCUCUGAACACCGAUACCUGCGAUGCUUCUUCUAGGUUCAUCAUGAGUCCUGUCUCACAAUCUUCCGAGCAACAGUUCUCUGCUUGCAGCCUGGGAAAUAUCUGCUCUGUAAUGGAAAGCACAAGUGGCUCUAACCUCAAUUCUUCUUGUCUAGUCGACGCAACCCUGGCAACGGGCGUCAUAUCACUACAAAUGUGUGGUAACGGUAUAGUCGAAGCCGGAGAAGACUGUGAUCCAGGCGCCGGCGUCGACUCGAAUUGUUGUGAUUCUUCGACGUGCAAGUUCAAAAACGGGGCAGUCUGUGAUCCCGACAGCAGUGCUUGUUGCACUGGUCAAUGUGCUUUUGCUCCGUCCACCCAAGUCUGUAGGGCAUCGAAGGACUCUCGGUGCGAUACAGCCGAAACGUGUACGGGUAAUUCGUCGGCGUGUCCUAGCGAUGUUGUAACCCCUAACGGGCAGUCCUGCGGUUCUAAUGGUUUGGCUUGUGCUAGCGGUCUAUGCACAUCUGUUUCGCUUCAAUGCCAAACCGCGGGAGCAUCCAUGAACUUGACAACAGCAUGUUCGAAUCGCAAUGACCAGACAUGUCAAAUUUCAUGCCAGAAUCCAAGUAACAGCAACCAAUGUGUCCUCUUGUCUUCUCUUCUCAUAGACGGCUCACCUUGUGGCUAUGGUGGAAUGUGUCAAUCAGGCACAUGCCAGAGCGGAAGUGCUUUAGAUACUGCUAAGGCCUGGUACACACAGAAUCUUCAGAUAGCGAUACCCGUGACUGUCGUCGUGGGCUUCAUCGUGUUAGCAUUGUUGUGGGUAUUGAUUAGAAGCAUCCGGCGUCGCAUGAUCUCUCGGAGGAGACAGGCUGUAAUACCAACCAUAAACCCAACUUUCUCAAAGUUGGGUCACCAAAGAAUAGCAAGUUAUGACAGGGCUAUACCCACGUACAUGGGCACUGGCCCGUCUGGUAGAGAAAUCCAUCGGGGCCGGUCGAAUUGGGUAGAUGAGAACAUCUAUAACGGACCACGUCCGUAAUACUGCACUCAC